UUUGAAUGAAUGUUUCUGGGGAAGUCCUCAUAGCCAGAGAAACUCAAGAAACUGGAUUUGGUUUUGAGAAAGGUGUCACAGACACCUUGUUUACAUGAUGGAUGUUAUAACAGAAAGGUGGGACUGACUAACUAGCUCAUCUCACAGGAUCUUAACAGGACUUUGAAUGUGUUUGAUCUCAUCACUGCAAAGCUCACAGCAUUUGGACCAUGUUCUCCUCUGCUGUCCCAUACAAAAACCAGCACUACGCUGACCUGAAAAGGAACUGUAUCAAGGACAAGACACUGUUUGAGGAUCCAGAAUUUCCAGCCACCAAUGCUUCGCUGUAUUUUAGGAAACCCCCUCCUGGUAUUGUGGAGUGGAAACGACCAGGGGAGAUAAGCAGUGAGCCCCAUCUGUUUGUGGAGGGCAUCAGCUCCCACGACCUGAACCAGGGAGUUGUGGGGAACUGCUGGUUUGUUGCUGCCUGCUCCUGUCUGGCUUUGAAGCCAGACCUCUGGAAGAAAGUAAUUCCUGACUGGAAGGAGCAGGAGUGGGAUCCCAAACAGCCGGAGAACUAUGCGGGAAUCUUCCACUUUCAGUUCUGGUUGUUUGGAAAGUGGAUGGACGUUGUGGUGGAUGACCGGCUGCCUACAAUCCAUGGGGAACUCAUCUACUGUCAUUCAAAAUCCAACAAUGAAUUCUGGAGUGCUCUGCUGGAGAAAGCCUAUGCCAAGCUCUCUGCCUGCUACGAGUCACUGGAAGGGGGAAACACUGGCGAUGCCGUGGUGGAUUUCAGUGGAGCUGUGGCUGAAGCCAUCAACCUGGAGGCAGGAGCCUACUAUAAAGAACAGACAAAACAAGACCAGCUGUUUGAGGAUCUUCUAAAGGUCUAUGACCGAGGAGGAAUCAUCAGCUGCUCCAUUAAGGCACAGCCUCAUGAAAUUGAGCUCAAGAUGGCAAACGGGCUGGUGAAAGGCCAUGCAUACUCUGUAACUGCAGUGAAGAAGGUGCGUUUGGGUCACGGGCUACUGGCUUACUUUGAGAAUGAAACCCUCCCUAUGAUCCGCAUGAGGAACCCAUGGGGCAAGACUGAGUGGAAAGGAGCCUGGAGUGACAGCUCUGAGGAAUGGUCGAAGGUUGGUGAUAUGGAGAGGGCCAACCUUGGCAUCACCGUGGAGGAUGAUGGAGAGUUCUGGAUGUCAUUCACAGACUGGUGUAAGUUCUUCACAGAUGCAGAUGUUUGCCGUCUCAUCAAUACUUCGCUGAUAAGUAUCCAUAAGACAUGGCAUGAGGUUGUGCACUUUGGGAGCUGGACCAAACACGCAGAGCCACUGUUAAACCGCUGUGGUGGCUGCGCUAACCACAGGCAGACAUUCCUGCAGAACCCACAGUAUUUGUUUAAUGUUACGAAGGAGGCCGAUGAAGUUCUAAUCUCCUUGCAGCAGAGAGACAUGAAGAUCCAUAGAAAAGUUGGUCAAGGAGAAAAUCUAACCAUUGGCUUUGGUGUCUUUAAGGUGGAACUGAACAGGAAGUAUCGGAUGCACGACAUCGUGACACAACCGUGUGUAGUGACGUCCACCUACAUCAACGCUCGGACAGUGUUUAUGAGAUGCAUGCUGCCACAGGGCCGCUACGUCAUCAUCCCCACCACUUUCAAGCCUCAGAGUCUGGGGGAUUACAUGAUCCGAGUGUUUACUGAUGUGGACUCAGGGUGCAGGGAGCUGACAGAGGAUAAGCCAAGAGUAAGAUGCUGGAGUUCAUUCCUAGGAUACCCACAAGCUGUGACUCACAUUUAUGUCCAUGGAGCUGAGGGUCUGCAGAGCCAGGACAGCAGAGGAGGUGCAGACCCCUACGUGAUCAUAUCCUGUGAGGGCCAGUCAGUGCAGUCCACCAUCAAGAAGGACACCUUGCAACCAGAAUUUGCAAGCAGCGCCAUUUUCUACAGGAAGAAGCCCAGAAAGCCCAUAACUGUGGAGGUGUGGAACAGUAACCCAGUGAAAGACGAGUUUAUGGGCCAAGUGGUGCUGUCCGGGUGGGUGAAGGACACCACUGACCCUCAGAGACUUCAGCUGAGGAAGCAAGGUCGGAAGAUGGCUGACGAGAUGCCCGGUAGCAUCGCCCUGAGGAUCGUCACUUCGACUCAGCUGACCGCCAUGUGACCUUCUCAGUGACCUAAGAGAGAGCUGAAUCAUUUUCAGUGCUGAGCUACGCGGGGAACAAUUUUGUGGAACUUACUUGACAUGUGCCAUCAUCAGAGCACUAAAACCGACAGCAGUACGACCUGUUUUCUACACUAUUAUGAGCAGGUCACUAUUAGACAGACUGAAUGUCACUUCCUUUUGGUUAAUUUUUAUCCAAAUGUUUUCAUCUUUUAAUUACACUUGUUACUUUUCAAGUAAUUUUUGUUUAACUUAUAAAACAUUUUUAUAAUGACAUUUUUGCAAGUUGCUUGUGAAGAUAUCAUUCUUCACCUCUUUUGUUACACUAUAGAUGCUGUGUGUAAUAUCACAGUAAUUAGUCAUUCAAGUCCCACCAAACAAUUAUCAAAAUUAUGAACUAUAUAGUCAUAGUUAUACAAAGAUUUACUAUAUGUGCAACUCUUAAUUCAUGUUUCAUCUCUUUCUUUGAUGCAUAUUCUGUUCCUUUGUUUCAUCAGUUCAUAUCAUCAUGUUUCAUUCUCAUUGUAUAUUAACAAAAUGCAAAACCCUGAAAGACAUAACAAAUUAAAGUAAAAUCAACCUAAGAAUCAUGGCAGCCUACAAGCAUUGUCACAGCUCUGGUUUUCUUCCUCUUUUUAUUUCAGUCCAGUUCCCAAACUGCAAUAUUUUGUUUUUUUUACACUCAAGACACAGCCAUGCACAAUUCAAAGUUCAAAAAGU